AUGGCGCGAUGGCAUUGUGGUAUUCCCUUUCUGCUUCUGCUGCUUGCAGUUGCAGCGAGCUUGAAAUGGUGGAUGGACAUUUUGCCUCUGGUGUUGCCCCAUUUGACCGUUUCACGCAACGAUUCCAACCAAUCAAUUUCUGAACUCGAACUCGGGUUUGGCCAAAUGACUGCGCCGGACGGGGACGCCAGCGGCGUGCUGGAGAGUCUGCUGCGAGCAGCUGCGCCGUUCGUGUUGGUGCUGCAGGCCAACGUGCAGGGAGGCACAGCGACUUUUUUGAAGUCCGUGUUGAAUCCCGACUGCGUGGUGGUGACGCCCAUCCUGAACAUCCCCAUCGUAUCGCGCUACAGCCUGGCACCCACGACCGACAGCCUCAAGGUGAAGGUGGGUAGUUUUAGCAUCACCUGUACGUCCAGUGAGCUGCUCCUCACAUUGCGCAAUUGCACAUUUAGCAAGGUCUUCAUCAACCACCCGCUUGGAUUCUCGCACAGUUUUAUCACUGGCUUGUUUUCCAUGCAGAAACGAUUCAUCUCAAUAACACACGACUAUGUCUGGGUCUUCGACAAGGUUCAACCCACUUUUUCGGACUUGCAGACAGCAGAGGGAGGGAGAAGGAAUUAUGCAUUCAAGGAGCUGCUUCCGAAACUUGAGAUGAAAACGCAGACCAUGGCCACUAGUCAGAAUUUUGCACUUUUUGACCACUUCAAGUCGCUUCAGGCUGUUCCCAUGCCGGAUUAUCACUCCAGCGAGGGCCAACCCACUGCUGCAUCAAAGGAUCUUGUGAUUGGCGUGAUUGGGGAUGUGUCUUGGAUCAAGGGGUUGGAAGCUGUUCUGCAGCUGUCGCGCCUCGUUCCAGACGGAGGCAAGUGUGAAGACAUGUUUGUUGGUUCUAGCUACAUUCAGCUUGGUCAAUGGCGAAUCGCUCCAAUGGAUGACAUGCACUUAUCCAUAUCACAUCAGAAGGGGCAAACUCCAUUGAUUUUCAGGUCAGACGGCACUAUGCACAUGGGUCCUCGGACAGAUUACAAUGCUUGGACUCGUGAUGGCGCGUGUUCAGAGCUGAGCGUGACUUCUGGCCGUGAUUUUGUGCAGAUAGGGGACUGGCGCAUGGGAACAAUGUCUCAGCAUUUUGUGGUGUCGCACAGAUUGAAUGCUUCACAUCCAAGCGUGCUAACAAACGGGAAAUCGAAGCGCGCAGACAACUUCGCACUCAAUAUUUGGGUUCUGCCAGCGGAAUCUUCAAACGUGGCUUUUCGGGCUGACUCUAUGCAGAUAGGCUCCUGGUCAUUGUUUCAGACUCCCCAAGCUUUCGCGAUCCUGGACAGCUUUGGGGAGGCUGUAACUUUGAAAGCUGAUGGCAGUGCUGCACAGCAUGAUGCUCCGUUUGGCCAUUUUAAGUGGCAACCAGCUGAGCAGCGUUGCUCAUUCCCAUCGAGUCAGGUGAAGGUGGUUGUGUUUGGCAAUGUUGCAAGCAUGUGCCAUGCGGGUGGCAACUUUCACAAGCAGGCUUUCGGCAACAUUAGGGAAUUCAAUGAACUUCUCCUGCGUGUGAGGCCCAAUGUACUUCUCAUACCAGCUAUUUGGCCAGAGACAUAUUCCUAUACACUGACGCUAGCCAUGCUCACGAACCUUCCUAUCAUUGUGCGACAGUCUCACGUCGACUUCCGAGCAGCGAUACUUGCCCGUGCACAGGAGUAUCCAAGAGCGCAUUUCCAUGAUUUCAAUGACAUGAAUGGGGUCUUGGCUUUGGCGAAUCGCGUCAAAGGUGACACAUUUACACAGGUCAAUCCUGAAUUGGUUCUCCCGCAACAAUGGAAGUAUUUGCUGACCCCAUCGCUGUACAACGUGGUGUUGGUGGCCUCGAAGAUUGUCACGAGUACUCGGCCGCUAUGGUACCACCCAAAGCGAAGCCGUUUUUCACCGCAAGAAAGGUUUGAGCAGACGUUAGGAACUAUAUCUUCCAUCCGACAUGCUAUUCCGCAGAGCUUCGUUGUAUUGAUUGACAACAGUCGCCUGGACAAAACCUACUACAAACACCUAAAAGGUGUUGUUGACAUUUUCGUCAAUGAUGCGGAGAACCAAGACUUGCGCCAUUGGACGGACGAAAGUGAUGCCAAGCAACUGGGGGAGGCCAUGCUUCUUCUCCAGGGGUUGCACGCUUUGCAGAAACAUCAAGUCAUGUACGAGCAGCUGUUCAAGCUAACUGGUCGCUAUUUGGUGAAUGCCAAGUUCGAUUUUCAGAGAUUUGACAACUCGCACAACAUAUUCAAGCGUGCCACAAUUGGAAAAUCAGUUGAGCAGCAGAAGCCAUACUAUGCAUAUACGUGCUUUUUCAAGAUUCAUUACGCGCACACAGAGGCUUUUCACAGUGCUCUGUCCAGUGUAGUUUCUGAGUUGAAGGAGUUGAUUUCACAGGGUAUGGCGACCUUCCUUCAUGAUGACAUUGAGUCGCGCCUUUCCCUCAUGCUUCCAGAUGUAGUUUACAUACCUUCGCUGGGGGUCUCACAGAGGGUGUCCACGUGGGACACACCAGACAGAGACAUAUGA